GGUGGCGGGCGGGCCGGCUGUGCGCGCCGCCGCGCGCCGGGUUCCGCCGGGGGCAGCGCGUCGCCGGCGGGCGGGGAGCGUAGCGGGUGCCGGGUGCGGGCCGCCUCCUCCGCCGCCUUCUCUCACGGCCGCAGCCGCCCCGCCGAGGAGCCCCGCUGCCCCGCAGUGCGGGGGCUUCCCCUCCGCCUGCCCUCGGGCGCCGAGCCGCACCGCUCGUCCCCGCGCCGCCGCUCCUGGGAGGCGCCGCGGCGCUGCCCCCGUGAACGCUCCCCACGGGGUGGGCGUGGGGAAGGGUGGGUGCUGCGGCGGCCUCCGGUCCGCGGGCGUCCCAGCCCCGCCGGCGGUGGAUGCGCCCGGGAGGAGCCGCCGAGCCCGCCCAGCCCUUCCAGCCCCCCGCGGGGGGGACGCGGGGGCCGCCGCGAUGACUUGACGCCGGGCCGGGCCGUGCCGUGCCAUGGAGGGGAUGACACGCUUCGUGGCGGCCGCGGCGCGGUGGCGGCCGGCGCUGCCCGCCCUGCUGCCGCUGCUGCUCGCCGUGCCGGCGCUGCGGGGCUCUCCCGCCGCAGAUGAGAGAUCCUUGGAACAGCAGAAUUUUUCCUUUUUCUCAACAGUGCAUGAAAGCAUAUCAGGCAGCAGGACACAAACGGCCUCAGCAAAAAGUACUUUGGAGUCCCAAGAAAGUAAUUUGCUUCAAACAGUUUUAUCAUCAGUUACCACUUCCUUUGAUGGGACUUCACUUAGCCAAGAAGAAACAGCCAGAAUUUCAGAAGGGAGAAGUACGCAGUUGGUAGAUGUCUCUGUAAGGAGCAAUGAGGCAUUCCUAAGUGAUGAUGAAUUUAUUAGCUCCUUUUCAAAGGCACAGUGGACUCCUCCCGUGAAGUCUUUCGCAGUUUUAACUGAUCAUCAGUCAGUUAAUGCAGUAGAGCCAUCAAGAGAAAUGUUACAAACUGUGUUGCUAACACCUUCAUUAUCUGUCCUCUCUUCACUGUAUGAUAUCUCAGAAACAGCACAGCAGAAGACUCCGUUGAGUGCUGUCCCUGAACGCAGCUACACUCUCAUGGAACGAAAGCCUUUUGUACCAGAUCAUGAAAUGCUAACAGCAAGCAGAGACUUGCUGUUGUACCCUCCAAAUACAGCUGUUCCUUUGACUUCCAUUCCUUCUGACGUGGGAGUUGUGGCACAGGAAAACGUUAAUGCAAGUUUAACAGCUCUGCCUUUUGGGGCUGCUUCAGAAGGAUCGCCUCUUCAUCUCAAGCUGCUGGGUGAAACCAGCCCUGGGGCCCCAGAGGCCACAGCACAACUUGCAGACCUGUAUGGUGAUGUUUACAGCCAUGUGAGUGGCAGGGCAGCAGAAUCUCUCAGUCAAAGGACCUACGCCACUCCAAGCAUUCCCUGGGCCAUGCCAGCUUCAGCAGCCAGUGCUGAGCCUGCUUUUUUUCCUAUUAGUCUUCCACUUGUAUCUUUCCCUCUUGAUUCAGCUGCCAUUUCCGUGAACUCUAAUACAAUUCUUAAUGCCAGCCUGUUUACACAUGAAUUCUCCACUACAGCACCAAUUUUGCCUGCUGGUUCAGAACUACCAAGUCAAUCAGAGCUUGUCAGUGAGCUCAGGACUCCAGUGCCUUUCACGAAAUCAUAUUGUCUGUAUUGUGACUCAGUUUCACUUCUGCCAGAAGCAGGCUUUGCCCCAGAACAUGACGUGGGCUCAGGUGAUUAUGUUGAAACUUUGUCCAUCAAAGCCUCUGAAGUACAAGGCAUAACUGCAUUUACAACUAUAAUUACUGAUGGAUAUGAAUUAGAGGAACCUACACCUGAGAUUUUUGAUACUUCUUUUCCAUCAAGACCAGUUGUUUCACUUUCUUCAAGAUUUGCAGAAAUCCCUGACUCAAGCAUGUUUUUAUUAAGCACUACAGACACUAGAACACCUAUAACAGUAUCUCCCUCCUACCAUCAGCUCCCUGGGGAAGCAUCACUGUACAGCUCUGUUUCCCAGACCCUCCCUAUUCUGGAAAUAAUUUCCUUGAUUCCAAGCACUCAUGUAGAACUUCCUGGUGCCACCAAUGUUCUGUUGGACUCUACCAUCAUCCCGAGUGAGCCAGUAGCAUCAUUUGCAAGCAGUCAGACAACCUUGCUGGAAUUGCCAGAAUUAAUGCCAUCAGAAUCAGUGGUUUUGCUUGGCAAGACAUCUACAAGGGACGAACUGUCUUUAAAUAUUUCAGAUUUUCCAUCCAACCUUUUAUCAACACCAUUUCUGAUUGAAUCUAGCUACUUGUCUUUGUCACUGACCAUGCUAAAUUCUUACUCUGUCAUGCAAAGUGUGUUAUCAACACUCUUACCUCAGACCUCGUUGACUGGGACAUCAGUACUUUCUGAAGGUGUUACCAGCUGGGACAUAGCUACCACUGUCAGCUCUGCCACUGACACCGAGGUUUCUCAGUUACAUCUUGGCCAAACAUCAUACUUUUAUUCAAAUGCAUCAUCCCUUCCAGAUGCACAGGUUCCUGAAAUGAUGCCAUCAUCAGAUUUUCACUCAGAGUCAUCUGUGUUUCUGGAAACAUCCUUGGUACUGCCAGUGGGCUCUGAAGUUGUGUUUACCUCAGCUGCCACAGGAGCUACCUCUCAGUUGGAGCCUUCACUCUCCACCUCUCACUCUGUGGUUCCUACCGUGGUGCUGUCCACUUCCGAAACCCAGUCUGUUACCAGCAGCAUCUUGCUCAGUGAAACAAAUCUGAUCUCUUCGUUUACUACCUUUCCGGCAACUCCUGUCUUAAACGUAUCUUCAUCUCUACUUUCAACUGCUCUGGGUUCUGAUGAGGAUAUUGGUGCUACAGUUAACCCCACACUGCUUUUAACACCCGGCAGCAAGAGCAGUGCCCCUACAGCCCUUCCUCCCACAGACCCCGACAGCCUCACACCAGAUGCCGACACCAUCAGCGUGAUGCCCUUUCCUACAGCAUCUCUGUCUGUGACCUCGUUGUUUGCUCCCACACAAUUUCCCCUGACUGCCAGCCCUCCUGCUGGAUCUGAAGUUCCAUCAGGAAGCAGUGUAACUGCUGGAUCUGAAGUUCCAUCAGGAAGCAGUGUAACUGCUGGAUCUGAAGUUCCAUCAGGAAGCAGUGUAACUGCUGGUGCUGAGGCACCAGCUGCUUCCACCACUGUCACCAGUGCUAUGAGCAGCCCAGGGACAUCCUCCUCCACCCCUCUGAGGACCACUACUCCAUCUGAAGUGGUGGCUGUAACCUCUGCUGUGACUACUACCAGGCAGCCGUACGUCUGCGACAUCACCCUGCCCAACGCCUACCUAGUCACUGCUGUGCUGGCCCGAAGAGCUGUUCUACGAAAUGUCAGUGAAUCCAUCAGAGAAGUUCUCCGAGUUCAGUUCAGGAGAUCAGUAGAGCUGGAGGUUUAUAAAAUUUCCCCCAAAUUUGUUUUCUUGGUGACAUCCGGUCCCUUUGUUUACACGGCAAUAGCUGUCAUAAAUGUACUUGUGAACAGCAGUCUUCUUCGUGGGGAGGCCCCCAUGAUCCUCUCACUGCAUCCUUCUUUCACUGUGCCAGACAACAGAUUCCAAGUUCAGACAGUGCUUCAGUUUGUACCUCGGAAUGUGGAUAUUGGGUUCUGCACCUUUAGCCAGCGCAUUGAGAGAGGGCUGACAAUGGCAUUCCUGGAGGUGAACAAACACCAGGAGUUCUACAACUUCACUGUGCAGAUACUGAAUAUAACUCUAAGCAGGCCUGGGGUGGCAUUUCGACAGGGCCCUGUGAGCAUUGUUUUUGCCAUCCGAGAUAGGUACGGUUUCCUAAAUGGGUCCGAAGUGAGCGAGCAGCUCAGGAACUUGUCCGUGGUGGAAUUCAGCUUCUAUCUGGGUUUUCCUGUGCAGCAGAUUGCUGAACCCUUUCAUUAUCCUAAGCUUAAUGUGUCCCAGUUGAUGAAAUCUUCCUGGGUGAGAACAGUUCUCCUGGGCGUGGUGGACCAGCGGAUCCAGGAGGAGGUGUUCCGGGCGGAGAUGGAGCGCAAGCUGGCCCACCUGCUGAACGAGGCUCUGCUCAGAGGCCGCAUAUGGAGACGGGCCAGCCUCGCCGGCAGCAACAUCGUGCAGAUUGUGAACGUGUCACGCUUAGUUGGUGUUGAUAACCCCGUGGAGCUGAUCUAUUUUGUGGAGGACCAAGACGGGGAGAGGCUGAGCGCUCUGAAGUGCUCAGACCUGAUGAACAGAGUGGAUAUCCAGCGGGCUGCCAUCAUCCUGGGAUACCGCAUUGAGGGCAGCGUUGCACAGCCUGUGGAGAGGCUGAAGGAGUCCACUUCAGAGACACAGAACAGCAACCUCUGGAUUAUCGUUGGGGUGGCAGUGCCAGUUGCCGUGGUGCUCCUGAUUGUUAUUAUUCUGUACUGGAAACUCUGCCGAACAGACAAGCUGGAGUUUCAGCCAGACACAGUGAGCAACAUUCAGCAGAGACAGAAGCUACAAGCCCCCAGUGUGAAAGGCUUUGAUUUUGCUAAGCAGCAUCUGGGCCAGCACAAUAAAGAUGAUGUCCUGAUUAUCCAUGAGCCAGCUCCUUUACCAGGACCUAUUAAGGAUACUACCCCAUCUGAAAAUGGAGAUCUGCCCAGCCCCAAAUCCAAGACUUCCACAAAGCCUUCAAAGACUGUUCGACACAGAGGGAGAAUUUCGCCAUCAGAUGCUGAAUCCACAGCAAGUGAACAAUCCAGCGGGAGAGAGACAGGAGAGGAAAGUGCCAGACCUUCAACUGCUGCAAACGAGGGCAAGCCACGCAGAGCAGUGAAGAAGGGACCUCCUCAGACCAGCAGUGGAAACGAGCAGCACUCCUCAGCCUCUAUCUUUGAACAUGUGGAUAGGAUGUCUCGUUCCUCAGAUGCCAGCAGACGGGUCCCCAGCAAAAUCCAGCUGAUUGCCAUGCAACCCAUGGCAGCUCCUCCGGUUCAGAACUCGGUGCUCUCUGAUCGAGUGGCAGAGACCAACAAAAUCAAUAAAGAGAUACAAACAGCCCUGAGGCAUAAAUCCGAGAUCGAGCAUCACCGCAAUAAGAUUCGCCUCCGCGCCAAGCGCAAAGGGCACUACGAAUUUCCAGUGGUGGAUGACGUGGUGGUGGUUGACUCCAAAGAGCAGCACAGGAUAUAUCGCAAGGCACAGAUGCAGAUUGACAAGAUCUUGGACCCUGGGGGCAGUGUUCCUAGUGUCUUCAUAGAGCCCAGGAAGAGUUCUCGUGCAAAACGUUCUCCCAAGCAGCGCCGUCGCCAUCAGAUAAACGGGAGCCCGCUUGAUGCCGAGAAGGACAGGUUAAUCACAACUGACAGUGAUGGGACGUACAAAAGGCCUCCAGGAGUCAAUAACUCUGCAUAUAUUUCCGAUCCCGACUUGCCUCCCGAACCGCAGACGUCGUCCUCGGCGGAUCUGGGGAAGUUCCCUGGCCUGCCCUCGCACCCGGUGUCGCAGUACGUGCCCCCGCAGCCGUCCAUCGAGGAGGCGCGGCAGACCAUGCACUCGCUGCUGGACGACGCCUUUGCGCUGGUGGCUCCCAGCAGCCAGGCCGCCAACUCCACGGCCGUGGCUGCGCCCGGGGUGUCGGCAGCACAGCCGAGAUACAUGGAAUUUGGAAUGACUCCGCCAGCAGCACCAGGUCUCCUAUCAAGGCAGAACUUUGGGCCAGGAUUUCUUCCGCCUGCAGAGUUACUGCACGGAGAGCAGCCGCCCCCUGAGGUUCAGUAUUCCUCCAGAGGGAUGUACUCAGAGGAAAUGCCAUCAGUGGCACGGCCACGGCCAGUUGGAAGCACUGCAGGUUCUCAGAUACAGCACCUCACUCAGGUGGGAAUUGCUAGCAGGAUCGGAGGUCAACCAGUGGAGAUCCCCUCAGGCAGAGCAGGGCAUGGCCAGCCGGGGGGGCCAGGGUGGCCCCAGUAUCGUGGAGAGGAUGAAUGUGCUAGGCGAGAUGCAACGCAUAUGCAUGGACACCAAGAAUAUUCCUCCUCACCAGUAUUCCAGAUGCCGAGGACUUCAGCCAGGCAGCCCUCAGCACCUCCUGCUCAGCUUCCACACAACAGCCUUCAGGGCCAGGGCCUUUGCUACACCACCAGUUCCACUGAGGACCUCCAGCCAGGUCACUCAUCAGCCUCUCUUAUCAAAGCAAUUAGAGAAGAACUUCUGCGACUUUCUCAGAAACAGACAACAGUGCAGAACUUCCAUAGUUGAUUUAGCAUUCCACUGCAAAUCUGCCAGGUAUCUGCUUCCUAUGGAAGCAAAGACUUAAGAGGAAAUCAGCAAUGUUGUUCUCACAAAGGAAGAAACUUCCAUGACUCUGUUGACAGCACUCUGGAAAUAUCAAAAAAGGCAGCAAAAUGAGAAUAGUGAGGAGAGAUGGGGAACAAACAGGAAACAUCAUCAGAGUCAUCACAAAUAAUAUUAAUUAAUCUGCUAAUAUUACGGUGCUCCUCUUCUCUCCUUACCCUCAUUUGGGCUAACACAUAAAUAAAACCUUAGGUCAAGAACUCAGUACUCCAGCAACAACAACAGCAAAAGACAGGACAGUCUCCAAGAAUGAUAGACUCCUUUUUCUAAAGAAGUAGGGGAAGUUUUGAAUGAACUGAGAUUACAUUUUGCAAGAGAUUGCAAGUAUUCUUAUCUCUCCAGUGCUUAUGGGGACCUGGUUUGUGUUGCUGUUCUGCAGGAUUACAAACUGUAUCAACUCAAGGGUCUUGAAGGUCCGAUCUCAAAUAAGAAUCACUUUGGUUGUCAGAAACAAUGGGACUACUUAGAAUAAAAGUCUUUAUGAGUUACUUGUAUCAAACUGGAAUGAUAAUUGUUACAGCUCUGUGGUUCUGAAUGGAGCUACCCUCUGCACUCUUCCUUGUUUUCCUUCUGGUGCUGAAGCUUCAAGUGUUCCUUCAUCUUCAAUGUUUGCAAAGUGAAACAUUGGCCUUGUAUAAUUAAGAAAAUAUUUGUAGACUCAUUCAGGCUGGAAAAACAAAGCAAAGCAUCCAAACAGAAAGGGCUUGGUAUCUAAUUUGUUUAAAAAUUAUUGAAAACUGGAAGGGGGAUACUUAGCCACAGUUGAAUUUGGGGAAAUCUUUUAAAAAACAUAUUUGCAUACUAAAUGCUCUUGCAAGACCAGCGAUAAACUAUUGCCACUCUGUAGUUUGCUUUGUGGACAGAAAUCCAGCCUGACUGGUACAGGGUCACCAGCAUUAUGUUAUAAAUUGAUGUCCUAAAUCAUUGCUUAUGUUUGGAUCUGAAUAAUUUUAGUGGAAGUCAGUGACAGUUUAGAGCAUUAACAUAGGCUUAGACUUGCAGUUUUGAGACAGUUUCUAUAUUUAUACUUGUUCCCACUGUCCCCUUGGACAAAGGGUAAGCAUUAUUCCCAUGGUAAGAAUGGUACGUGCCAUGGAACUGUUUGUCGCUGUUUUUUUCAGAGUUUUAAUUUAAAAUUAGCUACGAAUUUACUAAUAUUGGCCAUUGCAUAACUGUAACUGACAUAAUACAUAAGGACAUUUUGCUUAAGUCAUGAUUGGUUGAAGUGUUUUCAUUUUCAGGUUAGAGUGAACUCACCUGGCACAGAGAUGGAGGGGAGGGCUGGGAGCCCUCCCUUAGGGCAAUGGACAGCAGAAGCAUUAGGUGCUACAGUGUAGGUGUUUCAAACACGAGCAGAUGGCAGUGGUCAAGGGUCUAAGGAACAGAGAUCUGCCACAGAGAGCAUUGGGCAGCUGGGCAGGGGCUGCGUUUGCCUCACUUACUGGGGUAGAAAUGGCAGUGGUGAGGUACAGGUGUGUAACACUGGUAUGGUGUGGUGGCCUUUGGCUACCACAUCUGCUCCUGGCUCCAGUGCACAGUUCAGUAAAGGCAACAGGACUAACUCAGACUGAAGUAAAAACAGUUGGGAGGACGUGGUGGAAGAAGUCACCUCUGUACCUUAUUUGUGAAGUGUGUACAUCAUACUCGUGGCCGAAGCCAAAACCUCAGUUGCUUGCUGAUGUGGAAGAAGAGAUGGUAUGUUUCCCUCUUACUAGGAAGCUCAGUUAUUUUUCUGUUUACCUAUGAUCAUCAAAAUGCUGUAUGAAACUCUUUUGAGGGACUUAGAGUAAUGAAGAAGUGUAAGUUAAUUUCCAGUUCCCUGGCCUAUGUGUAAAGCCCUCAUGGUUGAGGUUUGAAAGGAAUCAGAACACCAGCACAGUUGUAACAGCAGUACCUACAGGUCAUUAUGAUUUGAAUUUUUUAAGUUUUUUGUGUGAUAAUUCUAGGAUAAAAAUAAACAUUUGUUUUCUGCCAACUUUGUAAACAUGAAUGUUGCCAAUACUUCUGCAAAAUGCCAGGUUUUGAAGAAUGAAGAGUGUAUCAGGCAGUGUUCAUUUGGUCGUUUUGACAGCACUGAAGACUGACUGUUGCUAAGUGUUCCCAUUAAAACCAUCUUUUUCAGACCCCA